AUGUCGGAGCACACCAAGGUUUCUGCUGAAGAUCAAGCUCUCCUCAAUAAGUUCGCUCGCUCCUACCAGCAGCAAAAUCAAUUGAAAGCUGAAUUGAAAGAAGCAAAAACAUUAGUGGAAAACAUCAAUGAGGCCAGUGACGAAAUUUUGUUGCUCGACGAUGAAGACUCAGCAUCGAUUCCUUGCCGUAUUGGAAGCUGUUUUGUUCACUUUAAUGGGGACAGUUUGAACGAACAUUUGGAAGGAAAGAAGGCCACCGCUGAGAAAGUUUUGGCUCAAAAAACGACCGAGUUGAACACAAUCACCGCCGAAAUGGAGCGAAUCAAAAAAGUUUUGUAUGGAAAAUUCGGCGACCAAAUCAACCUCGAUGCCGAUGAAUGA